UCUCAGCAGCGGUGCAGUUGCCGUGCCACACAGUGAUGCAGGUGCAGAGGACGCUCUCCACCGCGCAGUGGUAGAAGCUCCUCAGGACUGAGCUCCCAAGCCCAGCUCGCCGCAGCUUCCUGAGGAAGUAGAGACGCUGGUGAGCCUUCCUGACCAGCCGGGAAGUGUUGGUGUUCCAGGUUGUCGAGCAGCAGACACUAGGAGGCGACAAAGACUCUUGAUGCUAUUGAAGACUGUAACGUGACCGUAGAACAAGAAGCAUCUGCUGUUAUGAUGAUCAGCUGAAUGAUUUAAAGCUGAAACGAGCAGAGAAUCAUCAUCAGAUUGGAGACAUUUUAUCUCUCCGGCCGGAAACAACAUGGCGUUCAUUACAGCCAACUGGAACCCACUGGGAGAAGCAUUUUAUCGUAAAACUGAGCUGUAUGAGAUGUGUUGGAAUCUGAGGGACGGAUUUAGAGACUGUCUGGUGGCUGCAGCUCCAUAUGGAGGACCCAUAGCUUUCCUCAGAGAACCUCACAGACGUUCUCCCAGUUCUCGUCCUCAGUUAGAGAUGUAUUCUGCGUCUGGAGUCACCAUCACUAGCUUUCCGUGGAAGAGCGGUCCUGUGGUACAUUUGGGUUGGACGGUCAGUGAUGAACUGUUGUGUAUCCAGGAAGAUGGAUCAGUUCUCAUCUACGACCUGUUUGGAUCCUUCAAGAGACACUUUAGCAUGGGUCAGGAAGUUGUCCAGAGUCAAGUAUUGGAAGCCAAAGUAUUCCACUCUCCAUAUGGAACUGGUGUCGCCAUAGUAACUGGCUCCUCCCGCUUCACCUUGGCGACCAACAUUGAUGACCUGAAGCUCCGGCGAUUACCUGAAGUCCCAGGCCUGCAGGGGAAGCCGUCCUGCUGGGCCGUCCUCACUCAGGACAGACAGACUAAAGUCCUCCUGUCCAACGGACCUGAACUUUACAUUCUGGACAACACAUCCUGCACUGCUGUGUGUCCACCAGGUUUCAGUCCUCAGGCCGGCAGCAUCAUCCACAUGUCAGUGUCUUUCAGCUAUAAAUACUUGGCUCUCUUCACGGACACUGGGCACCUGUGGACGGGCUCCUCCCAGCUCCAGGACAAACUGAGUGAAAUUGACACUAAAAAGUCAACGCCUCCCAAACAGAUGGUCUGGUGUCGCAGACCAAAAAGUCAGCAGCCGUCUGUGGUGCUGAUGUGGGACAGAUUGCUCAUUGUGGCCGGUGUCUGUAAUGACAUGAUCCAGUUCCCCAUAGAGGAUCAGUGUUUUUUGGUCGGUGAGCUGGACGGAGUCCGACUCAUCAGUUCGACCAAUCAGGAGCUGCUUCAGGAGGUUCCUUUGGUCUGUCAGGACAUCUUCAAGAUUGCCUCCAUGGCUCCUGGAGCGCUGCUGCUGGAAGCCCACAGGGAGUAUGAGAAGUCGAGUCAGAAGGCUGAUGAGUACCUGAGGGAGAUCAAGGAGCAAAACAUGCUGGGAGAGGCAGUGCGACAGUGUGUGGAGGCAGCAGGACACGAAUAUGACACCAACAUUCAGAAAUCCCUGUUGAGGGCGGCGUCAUUUGGGAAGUGUUUUCUGACUGACUUCAGUCCGGACUCAUUCGUGUUGACCUGCAGAGAACUGCGAGUGUUGAAUGCUGUCCGAGAGAGCAGCGUCGGGCUGCCGCUGACCCACACUCAAUUCAAACAGAUGACUGUGCAGGUCCUGAUCGACAGAUUGGUGUAUCGACAGUUUUAUCCAUUAGCAAUAGAAAUUUGUCGUUACCUGAAGAUUCCAGAUUAUCAAGGAGUCAGCAGAGUCCUCAAACACUGGGCCUCAUGCAAGGUGCAGCAGAAAGACCUAUCAGACGAGGCCAUAGCCCGAGCCGUGUGUGUGAAGGUGGGAGACUCACCUGGUGUUUCUUACUCGGACAUUGCAGCUAAAGCUUAUGAGUGUGGACGCACUGAGCUUGCCAUCAAGCUGCUGGACUUUGAGGCUCGGUCUGGUGAACAGGUUCCUCUGCUGCUGAAGAUGAAGAGGAGUCAGUUGGCUCUCAGUAAAGCUGUGGAGAGUGGAGACACAGACCUGGUUUACACAGUGGUGACGUACCUGAAGAAUGAAAUGAACCGUGGAGACUUCUUCAUGACACUGAGGAACCAACCAGUCGCACUCAGCCUCUACAGACAGUUCUGUAAACUGCAGGAACAGGAAACCCUGAAGGAUCUUUACAACCAGGAUGAUGAUCACCAGGAACUCGCAAACUACUACAUGACUGUCAGUUACAGAGAAAAGAGGUUAGAGAGCCGCCUGUCUCUCCUGCAGAAUGCUGUAGAUGAAUACAACAAGGCAAAGAAUGAGUUUGCUGUUAAGGCCACAGAGGACGAGAUGCGCCUCCUUCGUUUCCAACGAAAACUGGAUGAUGAGAAAGGGGCGGGGCUAUUGGGACUGUCCCUACAGGCGACGAUGGAGGCCCUGCUUGCUUUAGGACUUCACAAACAAGCAGAACAACUUUACAGAGACUUUAAAGUUCCAGACAAACGGUACUGGUGGUUAAAACUGAAGUCUCUUGCAGAGAAAGAGGAGUGGGACGAGUUAGAGAAGUUCUCAAAGAGCAGGAAGUCUCCGAUUGGCUACUUGGCUUUUGUUGAAGUUUGCAUGAAGAAUAACAACAAGUAUGAGGCCAAGAAGUACGUUUCUAAGGUAACACCUGAGCAGAAGGUCAAAGCGCACCUGGCCAUCAGUGAUCUUGAGGGGGCAGCAGAUGCUGCGAUUGAACGCAAGAACGACUCAGAAAUGGCGGCGGUCCUCUCCAGGUGCUCUGCCGCCGAUCGGCUGUUGAUUGACAGGUUGAACCGAGCCAGAGCUUCUGCUGCCAAAAAGUGAUACUCCAGUCAGGAUCUGCACGAAGAGAAUAGAGGGUUAAGCAGCCAAAAAACAAUCCUCAAUUUAUGGUCUCAGUGGACAGUCGUUACCUUAGCAACCAGAGCUGCAGUUUCACCAUAUGCUUUAAUGUCAGAGUUGAAACAGAUCAUCAUAUUAUCAGUGAUGUGAUUUAUUGAUCACCCAGCUGAUUUAAAAUGUGUCUUUGUGAGGUUGGAAUAAAAAGCCGCAAGCCCUUCAGUAACUGAACUUGACCUCCAUCUGUCCCUCAUGAUAUACAUGGAGCUGCAGUAACAGGGACAGAAAAAAUGUAACAGAGCUGUGUCUCGGAGUCUUGGGGUCGGGUCCCAGUUGGGGUUACUGUGUCUCUGAGAUGUGGAGUUUGGUUCCUGUCCAUGUCAGACUUGUUUUCCUGUUUGAGUGUGUUUGCAGUCAUUGAACAGCCUGUAAAUCCGACACCAGGUUAUUAUAUAAAUGAAUGCAGAAAUUAUUAACUGUCAUUAAAAACAUGUCACGUUCAACA